GGCUGUGUAAAUAGGGACCUCUCUGAGCAGAUUAAGCAGCAGAGUACGGGAGGGUCUCAGUCGGGUUUAUUUUUUUUCCUGAGGCGAUUUUCAUAGCUUGAAAAUUGGAACCCAGAAAAAGUAGCCCUUGCAAAACACACCGGAUAAAACAUAACUGGCUACACGACAAGAGGAGGACCCGCUUCACUGUUCCAUUAUUUGUGAACAGUGACAAAUGUAAACUGAAUAGCCCCGGCACCUGAACCAGCUUGCAAGGACGAUUUGGCAAACCCUGUGAAGAUCAGGGUUGUCAUUUCUCACCAGCUGCCUUUGUAGCCGCCAGUUCCUUCGUAAGUUGGGGAUCUGAGCACAGAUGCGGCUUGUGAGUGCAGAACUCGGCACGCAGGAGGCUCGCUCGCCCUGAGUCAACAUUCUACACACGGAUUAAAGUUUAUGUACUCGAGAGCCGAACGCGCACAGAGUUCCAGGCUCGUGGACUGAGUUUUUGCAAACGUGCUGCACGCAGAAGUGCGAGCGGGAGCUUUGCUGCAGCAAGUGACUUUCAGAUAUACAUAAAGUUUGAGCAAUCGUUUCCUUGGGAGCUUUCAAGUGUUUGGGCUCGGGAAAACUGCAUUAACACCCAGGACGGUGCUAAAAGUGCGGGCGCGAAGAAUUAUUAAUCGAGCAGAAACUCUGCAGUUGUUUUCUAUAGGCGCAUCGCAAGGAGUGGAAGGAGGCUUUGGUUUGCAUGGACAACUUUUGUGUCAUAUUUCUGAUCUAUAAAAAUACGCAGCCCAGUCCCGAUGAUGAGCCAGGCAAAUACAUACUCGAUCCCGCAACGUACUUUCCAGGAAGCAGUAAAGAAGGGCAACACAAAGGAACUGCAUUCUUUGCUUCAAAAUAUGACGAGCAGUGAGUUCAACGUCAACUCUUUUUUCCCCGAAGAGGGUCACACGGCUCUGCACCAGUCAGUAAGAGAUGGCAACUUAGAACUCGUUAAGCUGCUAGUCAAAUUCGGUGCCGACAUUCGGCUUGCCAACCGGGACGGCUGGAGCGCCCUGCACAUUGCGGCCUUCGGUGGCCACCAGGACAUUGUUUUGUACCUCAUCACCAAGGCCAAGUACUCUGCGAGCAGCCGGUGAGACUCUCACCGUGAGAGACACUUUGGGCACAUCCCACCCACCGUGGACGCUGCUUAACUUAUGGGACAUGCAUUUUCUGGGGAUGGGGAGGGCACAUCACUGGCCAUGCAGGCAAGAAUUGCACCGAUGCUUCCCUUAGCAGGUCCUCUGCACCGUACUGAUCCCCGGAAGCUGCUAAAGGAAACGGGGUGCAGCUUAGAGCGGCUUGUAGUGAGAUUUUCCAGCACUGUAAGGAGGGUGGGAUUUUAUUUCCGUUUCGUUGGGGUGAAAUGGUGCAUUCUGAGAGAACCUCUGUGCCGCAGCUGAGGGGAUUGCUUUUUUGUUUUGCAGUCCAGUUUGCAACUUUUUUUUAAAGGGGCGUUGUGGUCGAAAUCUGGAGGACCCAAAAAUGCCACUCUGAAGCGUGGAUGGAUGGGGGCAACAUUUUCUUGAUGCUUUCCAGAAUUGCGAAAGGUGCUUCAUUAGCAAUAUUUUCGUCUUUUUGACCCCCUUUGGAAAGCAAAACUGUAACCACAGAUUUUUAUAGGUAGAAUAUUGUGAAUUUGGGGGGUGGGAAGAUGGGGGAUUUUCCUCCUUAUUUUGUAACGCAUUUAUAUUCUGUUAGUGAUUACAUGUAUUGUAAUAUAUUAUUAAUAAUACAGGGUUUCUUAUGAAGGUACACUGAGAUUCUUCAUGUGACUCAGAUGAAGAAUGGAACUCUUAUGUAUUUUAAGUUUUUCUUUUUUUAAAUUAAUAUGACAAAGCUGCUUGGGACUCAGUUAUUUUUUGCAGUGAAAUCUGGGGACCCACAAAACACUUCAUGCAUUUACUGCUUUUUAUUGGCUCCAUUUUUUGUGGAAUUCUCCAUUUCUACUGUAUUUUACUCUUGUUUUGUCAUCUACCUCGGCAACACAGUAUUUACAGAUGUACAGGUUGGGUAAGGCAUUUCCAAGCACCGCUUUAAACACUCUUACGACUGAAAUGUACCCAGGUUUUAUGCAGUAGAACUUGAAGUGAUAAUUCCAUGUUGUUAAAUAAUACGCUAUUUUAAAAGUGCUCAGAUAUAUUUUCCCAAUUCCCUGUACAGAUAAGUCCCCUCCCCAACUAAAGAAAACAUGUCUACAAAUUAUAAUGCCCCGUUUUUCAUAGUUGUGCUUGCAGCUGGAUUUUUUUUGUGGGAGAGUUUUAUAGAUGUUGUGUAGUGUGGGGUAUGAUUGAACACGCAUUUAACUAGUCUUUCUGUUUCCCUCCCCCCCUCCGUAUACGUUGUUGUGACCUUAGAAAUAACGCGAAGUGUAAAAAAUCUUCCACUUGCCAAUUCCUGCUGGAAAUGUUUGAAUCGUUUAUUUUUUUUUUUUUGCCUGCUCGUAUUUAGUUAACUUGCCUUUUGUCCAUUUUCAAAAUGGAUAACGUUCUCAAAAUAUGUUUGUUGUGUUAUUUUCCAUCAGUCAGCAAAGUUGUUGGAAACUGCAAAUUCUAAACUUGUUAGUUAAUUGAGUUGGCAAUGUCGAGCCUGGGAGUUGCAUUUGCACAAAAAUAGAGCUUGCGCUCCCCCUGUUGUUAAGCAGAGGAAUUGACUGAGGUGACUUGACAUCCCCUCAAUGGAAAAAAAAGAUAGUGGACGCACCGUUGGAAAACAUAUGGAAAUCCAUCAAAUCUUUCUGGAUGCUGGAUUGCACCAUCAGAAAUGUAAGACUGCAGUGAAUGCAUUUUGAAGUGACUGCACCUGCAAUUUCGAUGCUGCUGUUUUUUUCCUUUAUACCACAAGGACACUAGAGUAUCAACACAAGUUCAAGAUGUUGAAAAUCUUCCUCCUUUCGUCCAUUUUUAUGUAUCGCCUGCACUAUAGUUCUUUGUCACUACCAUUUUUUUGUUUUGCUGCAUAUUAAGUUUUCCUUUUCAUUUUAUUCAGUGAUCUUUUUGUUGCAUUUACAACAUUUCUUUUUUUUUUUUCAUUUAUAGCAAUGCAUACCAUCACCUACUGUUUAAAAUAUUUCUGUGUAUGUGCCUGUGUAAUAUGUGCAGCAACAUACAUAGUAUGUUUGUAUUUUUAUGAUCAUGGUCAUUGUGGUUUGGGAAGAAAUAUGCAUUGUUGGUCUUAAAAUGUAAAACUUGAGGCUACCAUGUUAAUCAUUGCACUGAAUAUAUAUAUGUAUAGAAAGAGAGAUAUAUAAAAUAUACUGCCUUUGUCUGCAAUGGUUCCAUUCAUAGUAUCCUUAAAAUGUUUUGUAUGAAAUGUACUUUAGUUAAAAAAGAACCUUAAACGUGUGCUGAUGGCUGAGUUUAACUGUUUGGGAUGUGAGAUUGUUGAAGAACCUAAUGAUUUUUUUGUCUUGCCUUGAUGACUUGUGAGGUUGACAAUAUUUUUCCAAGUAGUUGCACAUUUUUGUGUGUUUGCGGAAUGUCAUAACAUUUAUGACAUUAAAUAGUUUUUAAAUGAAAUUUUAAUGACAAAGUUUUAGAAGAUGAGUUGUCAGGAACAUUAUUUAAAAAAUGAGUUGUUGUCUUAAUAUUCCCUAAGCAGUGCCCAUGUGUACUUUUAUGCCCUUUUCCAUAAUGGGAAUUUAUGAUCUAAGUCCAUGCUUUUUUCAGAAUAUAAAAUAUUGUUCUCUUAAUGUCUUCUGGAAAAUUUUAUUAAAAUGUUUCCCGGUAUAUAUGAAACAUAACAGUGUUGUCCCUUGUCCCAACCAGACACUAUGAUUUCAAGUUUAUUUUUACGACAUUUUGUUUAAUUGAAAAACUGUCUUCUUUCAAUUCUCCAUGUCCCUGUGGUUUUAAAUUUUCUAUGCAACCCCACCCUCUUAUUUUUGUUUCCUUUUUUAUUAUGCCAGAAAGUUAAAGGGAGGCUUAACUAUUCAAAUAAGCAAAUUUGGUGCUGUUUGCUGCACCAAAAUGGGUUUGGGGUGACUGUGAAAAGGGGUGGGGGCCUCCCUUUAAAUGCAGUCACCCCGGUAAUACUUUUGUAUUUGAAAAACUAUAUUAAUAAAUGUCAGUGAUUUAAGCAGACAUUGAAAGCAAAUGCAAAGAGUACUCCCAUGAUGGAGUUUUUCUGUAGGAUUUUCUCUAGGGUGAUACUUUUUUAAUUAUGUUAAUUAAUGUUAAAAUAUGUGUUAGGCUUAUAUUGAAGCUGUAUAUGGGUCACUAUAUGAUCUCUAUCUAACUGGAUGAAGUCUGUACAGUACAGCAUAUUCCUGAUGUAUUAUACCUAUUGUAGCACCAGAGUGAAAAAUUUAUGAAUAAAUUUUUCAUUGAUCUUUUUAUAAA